GAUACCAAAUUAAGCAAAUGGCCACCGGGGCCUUAUGCAAUACCUAUGUCGUAUUUUGGGUGUCCUGAACAACAAUCAAAGGGUUGGUCUGAAGGACUUAUUUCUCUUAACUUUAAACUUGAGGAAACAAGAUACAACACAACAAUAUUAAGACAUAUUAAAGAGGCAACUGAAGAUAAUGAGUACAAAUAUGACUGGCCAGAAGUGGACAAAAAUGUCUUUCAACCUAUAACAAGUAAUUCAAUGACACUGCAGUUUUGUUUCAAGAGUAGAAACAACACCACAUUAGAUGUUGGAUCGUUUCCAGAAGGAAAUUACAGCGUCUUUGCGGAUGAAAGUGGUUGCAAAGAAGGGUUUUCCUCGAUUGAACAUAAUUUAACGAUUCCUGAGAUAGACUUAUGGACAUCAGAUGGGGAUCUUCCAAAGUUCCGAAUACUUCAAGCCAAUAAUAAUG